UUGGCUCUGGGGCCCGAAGCCGACUAGCCCCGGAGCUCCGGGCCGCGGUUCCACCCGCCGCCCGCGCCCCCGCGCUGCUGCGAACAAUAAGGCGCGCGGCGAGGGGUUGAGCGCAGCCCCGUGCCGGACCGAGGCGGAGUCCCGCGCCGUGCCUGAAGCCUGCUGCCCAGGGCGACCAGCUCCGGCCCCGGGGAGGCGGUUCGCAGGCCGCCCGGGACAGCUGUGCGGGUUGCUCCGGGCUCCCGACGUGGCACCAGGAGGCUGCUUGGAGGCGGCUACCAGCAGGAGAAUCUGAGCGGCGCGCUGGGCGUCUGCAGCCCCCAAGUCCCACGGCGCGCGCUGGGCGCGCCCGACCCGGGCCCCUCUCCAGCGGUUGUCCGUGGGAGCGUGGGAGCGCGGGGCGCGCGCGCCCGAGCGGCUGCUAGAGAAUAAAAUGUGACACGCACGGCUCCGACUCCAGCGCCGCGCGGCCGACGAGCGGGGGUCGGGCGCUUACAGGCGCGCAGUGUCCGAAGAAGGUUCCACCUCCCACCGCUCUGGGACACAGGGUGGCGGCCCCACAGACCUGCCAUGAAACCACACUUGAAGCAAUGGAGACAGGGAAUGCUUUGCGGAAUAUUUGCCUGGGGACUCCUCUUUGUGGUGAUUUUCGUUUACUUCACAGACAGCAACCCUGCUGAGCCUGUGCCCAGCUCCUUCUCCUUCCUUGAGACGCGGAGGCUCCUGCCAGUGCAGGGCAAACAGCGAGCCAUCAUGGGUGCCCUGCAGGAGCCCUCCCCGCCCGACAGUGGUGGCGCGAACAGGGGGCUGCCCGCGUCCGGCCCCUUUCCCGCUGAGCCGGGUGCCCUGCAGAAGUGGGCCCUGGUGCAAGACGGGCUUGAAGAUGAAGACGAGUUUUUUGCAGCCCAGAUCGGAAGAAAAUCGCAAAGUGCUUUCUACCCGGAGGAGGAUGACUACUUUUUCGCUGCUGGUCAGCCUGGGUCGCAGAGCCACACUCAGCGCACAUGGGCAGCCCCUCCCCCGGGGAAGGCCGGCUCUCAGGAGGGUGCUUGGCUGGCCAAGCAGGCCCGGCGUGGGCAGACGAGCCGAAGGUCGCAGAAGCAGGGCAGGCGCCGCGUGCCCGAGGACGGCAAUGACGCGGAGCAGCUGUACUCCCCCAUGUCCAGGGCCUUCCUGCAGCGGCUCUGGAGCGGCGACGUGUCCUCCAGGAUGCUGGCCCCGCGCCUGCAGAAAGCCAUGCGCGACUACGUGAGCGCCAACAAGCACGGCGUGCGCUUCCGCGGGCGGCGCACGCCAGGGCGGAGCCACGCCCAGCUGAUGUGCGCACUGCGGCACCGAGUGCGCGUGCGCACGCUGGACGGCCGCGAGCCACCCUUUGCGGCGCUUGGCUGGCGCGAGCUGGUGCCCGCCGUGCCCCUGCGCCGCCUGCUCACGCGCGGCCUGCACAGCUGCGCCGUAGUCACGUCGGCCGGCGCCAUCCUAAACUCCUCGCUAGGGGAGGAGAUAGGUGGGUGCCCUGGGCGCGCUGGGGCGUCGUCGGCUAGUACAGCCUGUCUCCCGGGCCUCGCUGCGGCUUCCCACCAAGGUGGGAGCCUUGGGAGCCAAACUGAAGCUGCAGGUAGUGGCGCGCGUGUCCCCACCACGCGGCAGUGGUGGAUCAGAGGCCUUCCUGCGGGGCUGCCAGCAGUAGCCUUCGGGGCCGCCCAUGUCUCAGAAUUCCCCUCCUGUGGAAGCUGUUCUGCGCUGAGUGGCUCCCCGCCCAGCCCAUGAAAGUCUGCUGCCCCCGUAAUGCGCAGAAUUAUGGGAGAGGAACAGGGGAACGAGGCAGGCAGGCAUGUCAGCUGUAGAGGCAAGUCCCAGUGGUGAUCCUUUCAGUUCGUCAGGGACUAAGUGGAUGAUGUGGGCUCUCGGCAGAGCUUGACCGCUGUCCAGAAAUUACUCUUGUAGGAACAGUGAGUUCAGACCUCCCACCUAUUGGCACAUCCAACCUUCAGGUCAGGGCCCGUGCACGUAGCAGGCGCCUUCUCCGAGGUAAAUCACAGGACUACACCCUGAGCUUCCAUCUAACUCCAUCACCAAAUCCCUAAGCCUGGGAGCACAUCUGUUUGGUGUUCCAGCCUUAGGCCUCUUUAGGGAAACCAGCUGAUGGGAUAUAUCUGUAGAGAGAAAGAGAUUUAUUUUGAAGACUUGCUCCUGUGAUUGUGGGACCUGGCAAGUUUGCAAUGUGUACGGCAGGCCGGUGGGCUGGAAACUGAGGUAAGAGUCUGCAAGGCAACCAACUGGCAGGCGGGAAACUUCAGGCAGGCUUUUCUGUUGCAGUCUGGAUGCAGAAUUCCUGCCCUCUGGAAACCGCAGCCGUGGCUUCCGUGGCCUUAGACUUCCCUCUAUGCCAGGCUCAUUCUGUUGCUGCACCAGAAAGCAAGCAGUUGCCCCUUUAGACUCAAUUCACUUAUUUAACAAAUGGGUCCAGCCCCCACUGUGGCCUGCUCCUGUACUAGGUGCGGAAAACAAAUGUGAACCCAAAGCUGUUUCGGCCUCAAGUCCGGUAAAACAACCAAGACUAACAUUCUUGGAGUAAACGGUGUUAGCUUAUAACUAAUCUGUACCUGAUAAUCAGGGGGCACUGCCCACCUAUGAAAGGAACAACUGUUCUUUCUUGGGUCCAGUAGUUGUUCAAUGUCCUUGAGGAGUGGCUGAUACUGCAGAGCCUUCUUGAAAUAGAGUGAUGCUGUUGUAACCAGGCUCCACAACCCAGAACUCAUCUCAGAUGUUCUGGGAGUGAGGCUGAAUGCGAAAUUUUUAAAAAGUUAAAAAGAACAAGGCACAAGUCUGGGCUUGAGGUCUGGAGCCCCAGUGUCCCCAUGCAGACAUUACUGAGGGCUCAUAAUACUGUCACAUAUAGCUGAAGCCAGAGCAGAGCAGCCUGCAAUUGAUUAGGUAUGGGCAGUGCUUUAGAGGCCCCUGGGGUGAAGUAACACCACAGUUCUUUCUAGUUUCUGAAGACUGUUAUUAAUAAUGCAAGAAGGAGUUUAAGUAUCAUGCUUUAAAGCAGGCAGUCACUUGCUUCUGGUUUUGUUUUGCUUGACUUUAAAUACUUCUACAUCCUAGUUGUAUAUUUGAAUUGCUCUUGCAUGUUAGGGAGAAGUCCUUUGCUCUUUAUUCCUGCAUAAAUAGCCCUGACCAGAGUCUUGUAAACUCUACUUUAUUCAGAACUUGGAGGAGAAUGUGAAAGAUGCUGGGAAUUACACAUUAAUGGGCAACAUGAAAUGUCGGUUUUAUCUAUGUUAGUUUCUAGUAUCCAAAUUUUAUUUAUAUUGUAUGCAGUUACAUGAAACUUCAGAAUUAGAAUUGUAGAAUCAUCACUGAAGAACACACUCAGAAGUUUUUUAAAAAAUUCUCAUUGUUAUUUUACUGGCAUUCCUUUAAAUCCAACUUUGUAACUACCAUUAUAUGAAUAUGUAACUAGCAUAAGUCAGUGUGUAAGAAGAAAGGUCUUUCAUUUUUCUAAGCUGGUAUCUCAGCAUCAGUGCAUAUGCACGCCAGCUGCUGACAUUUCUUCUGAUGCAACUGAAUGUAUACACGCUUCUUAACACAUAGUUGCUAAUGGCUCUCCUACUAAGAACAAAUUCACAUAGUAGAUUCCUUCAAGCAACUUGGAGUAUUGGGGCAUGUUGUACCACUUAGGUAAAUUCAUCCUGGUCCUUAAAAUAUAUAACUGUGAUUAGCUGAAGGAAGAUCAAAGGACUUAAAGAAGGUCAGGGGCAUAUGAAAAACUGUAGGCAGAGCUAGAAAAGUACCUGACUCUGGAGCCCUGCCUAGAGGCCAACCAGAGGGAACUGCACCUGGAUACCCUGCAAGUGCGCCUGUGCAGGAGAGAGACAGACCCAGUACACCUGUUUGCUUCUUGGCUGCCCUCCUGCUCUUUCUGCUGGGUGCUCCUUGGCACUGCAGUCCUGUCCCAGUUCUGUCAGACUGAAUCACACUGGGUAAUUGUUUUUGAGAAUAGUGUGGCAGUUGUAAACACCUCCACUUUGAAAAUGUUACUAAAAAGCAAACUGAACUGUUUUGGAAGCAUGGACUGUUCUUUCCUAGAGCUGUAAAAUGAUCUUUUUUCACCCAUACACAUGAGCACACUAUAGAGAAGAAAUGUCUGCUGUGAACUAGCAGCAGCUAGGAUAGAGUUCAAAUCUGUGCCCUUGAAACUCAAAUUCUCUUGAAGUUGUGGGAAAAUAGAAGGGUGGGCCUGGUAGUGUGUAAGGAGUGGAGCAUACGGUACUUGAUGGUAAGAGCAUAGGAUUUGGCCUAUCCUG